UGCAUUGACCUUCAAUUCAACACUAAAAUAACAGCUCUUUAAAGUAUGACUACCCAUAAAUAGAUAAAAACUACUCAGGUAUGAAAACCUACUGCGCAUGCCUCAGGUAAACCCCAUCUGCUCGAUAGAUAUAAUCGAUGACUUUCAAUUCAGCUCGCCAAGUGAGUACACGUGUUUUCGUGUUCGAAUGGCCAAUGCCCAACUUCGUUCGCCGGGUCCUGGACAGGCAACGCCGGCACGUCAUGAAAGUAAUGAAGAACAGGAAAGCUCACCCGCAGAGGCGGAGGAGAGUGAUAACAAUAAGGUAGAUGAGUCGGAGGACUCUCAAGUAGAACAUGUCUCUGUAGCGGACAAAACAGAGGAUGAUUAUCGGCGGCAGUGGUCGUCGGAGCAAAUUCGAAAUGCAAAAAGUAAGUCUGGCGACGUUUCUAAUAGAACACAGUCGAGCUCAAAAAAACGUAAAAAGAGCAGGUCCUCAAAUGAAUCAAGUUCCAGCUCCUCUAGUUCUAGUUCCUCAAGCUCGUCAAGCUCUAGUUCCGAGUCUGAUUCAGAUUCUGAUUUGUUUUUGUGUUCCGCUGAUAGCACAAAAUCUAAACCAAAAAUUUCUAAAAAGAUACUUAAUUUUGUUACUAAGUACGCAACUAAAGGAAUCAAUAAAAAGAACAGACAAAAUGUUGCAAAGAUUUGUCCUAUACCUAAUUCAAAGAAGCUUCAGGGUUUGUCUUUGGACAGAUUUUUCAAGAAAAUUUAUUUCAAGGGGAAAAAAUGGAAUGGCAAAUUAGAGAAAAAUAAAAUCAAUACACAGAUGAGAAUUCUAGAUGCUUUAGGGCCACUUUCCGUUUUAUGGAGCGAGGCAGAACGAAUAGGCAAAACGGGCAAGGGUAUGGACCCUUCUGAUGUGAUUCAGUUUGUCCAAAGAGCAAUUAUGUUUGUAGGAAAUUCUCAUUUCCUUUACAAUACUGAUAGGCGUAAAGCAGUUUUAGCUAAAACAAUGCCUGAGUCAGUAGAUGUACUUUCCGAUAAGAGGUACAAAAAAUCACUGGGAAAGUGUAAAAAUGAUUUAUUUGGAAAACACUUUCUCAAACAAUUAGCUAAAGAUAACAAAGAUAACAGAGAAUUAAAACAGCUUUUGUCUAAUGGUAAUGAGAAAAAAGUUUGGUCUCAGACAAGACAAUUUUCUGAUAGAAACCGCCAGUUUUUUCUUCAGAGACCCUCAUCAAGCCUCCAGUAUGGGGGUCGCAGACAGACAGACAGGAGGCAGUUCACUCAGAAUCAGAGAUACGCACAGUACCCACAGUACAGGGGUCAGGGAGCGAAUCAGAAAUUUUCAGCGCCUCCCAAGAAACCAAACACUCAAUGA